GGGAAAUGUUACAUGUAGACCCCCAGAUGUCCAGACUCUCUACUUCUAAAGGGCCUCGCACAUGAAAUGUAUAACAGAGCAUAAACAUAGCAUAAGGUCUCUGGACCAAUGAGAAUGUUAUGUAAAUCAAUAUGGCGACUUUAUGCUGGAUGCUCAUUGGUCCAUCGGUCUUAUGUGUUCUUAUGUUAUGUUAUGCAUUUCAUGUGCGAGGCCUUUAAGCUAUAUCCACACAAACUUGCAUAAGCCCAUAAGCAUAUGCACAAUUAUAGCCAUAAUAAGGGUCAAUUCAGACGAAGUUUGCAUAGCUGCAUAACCAUAUGCAUAAAGAAAUGAACCAAUCACAUAUCUAAUAAGAAAAGUGCUACACAAAUGUAUCUUUAUAUGUGUACGCAUAUGCAGCGUCGUAAAGAAAAAGUUCAAUCGUCACUGUAGAAUAAAUAUUAUCAAAUUGACAUAUAUAUAUUCCGUGGAUUUGUAAUAUUAUAUUGUGCAAUCCGUGUUACUCGACAUAUCCUCUGAAAAAUCUAAAAAUUGAAAUAUGGAAGCUGAAGAGUUAUGUGCUUUGUCAUGUUUGAGUUAUAUAUUAUACAGACGUCGUCGACAUCGUCUAUUAAAAAAACAUAAGAGAAGAUGGUGGUGUCGUCCAAUUAAUACAUUAAGAUUUUAUCAAGGAGAUUUUGACCACCUCUUUCAAGAAUUGAAACAAGAUUCAGAUAUGUUUUUUAAAUAUACACGAAUGAAUGAAGAUACUUUUAAUUUAUUAUUAAGCAAGAUAGGAUCAUAUUUAAAAAAAUCUAAUUGGCGAGCCUUGGCUCCAGAGCAGCGUUUGAUUAUUACACUCAGGUUUCUUGCAACAGGUGACCAAAUGACAUCAAUAGCAUUAGCAUAUCGCAUUGGAUUAUCAACUGCUCAUUUCAUAGUUAAGGAAACAUGCGAAAUAAUUUUAAACGUAUUUAGUACUGAAUAUCUUAAUCCACCAACAUUGAAUGAGUGGAAAAAUAUAAGCACGGGCUUUUGGCAACGGUGGAAUUUUCCAAACACAAUUGGUGCAAUGGAUGGAAAGCACAUCCAGAUACAAGCACCACCAAAAUCUGGGAGCUUAUAUUUUAAUUAUAAGAAGACUUUUAGCUUAGUACACAUGGCUAUAUGUGAUCAUGAGUAUAAGUUCACUGUAGUUGACGUAGGUGCUUUUGGCAGUGAUUGUGAUGCUGGUGUUCUAUCCAAAUCAGUAUUUGGAAAAGCAUUAUAUAAUCACACACUUAAUAUAUCGCAUGAAACAAGGAAAUUACCUGGAUGUGAUAUAGAAUUGCCCUAUUUUGUCGUUGGUGAUGAGGCUUUUCAGUUGCAUAAAAAUGUUAUGCGUCCCUAUUCUGGUCGAUACUUGAGCGAUAACAAAAGUAUAUUUAAUUAUCGUUUAUCACGUGCAAGACGUACAAUCGAAAAUGCUUUUGGUAUUCUAGUAUCAAGAUGGCGAAUACUUCGUCGCCCAAUUUGUGCUCAUCCAUCAACUGUUGAUCGAUAUGUUUUAGCAUGCGUAAAUUUACACAAUUUUUUAAUGACUGAAAACGCCAAAAAAUCAUCAUGCGAACAAACAUACUGCCCAACAAACUUUGUCGAUCAUGAUAAUGAUAUGGGAACAGUAAUACCGGGAAGAUGGAGAGAUGAAAACGAAGGAAUAGAACGUCUAAGGCCUUGCAGUGCACAUAGGGCAACUCGCGAAGCAUACGAGCAAAGAGACAUUUUAACUGAAUAUUUGCUAUCAUCCGUAGGUGAAGUUACAUGGCAAUAUGAACGUAUACAUGUGGGAUCUACGUAUCAUACGUUAUACGAAUAAAUAUUGUAUCCAGUACUAUUUUUACUUUUUUAUUUCUGUAUCAAAAGUACAAAAAUAUACAUAUCUAUGUGCUGAAUUACAUAUAUAAUUAAUGUAAAACAAGUGGCAACAGUGCAUAUAACUUAAUAUCACUUUUACUUUGGUUUUGAUUAUAAUGAAAUGUAAAAAUUUUAAUACAUUUGAACAAAAUAAUAUUUGUUAUCAUAGAACACGUUAAUACGUCUUAAAGUUAUAAAUAAAAGUUUAUUUUCAAGCAAACAAAAA